AUGGAGGAACUAAAAGCCACCGUGGGGUUUUCCCACAAGUCCUCAUUCAGCAUCAGCAGCUUACUGCUCCGACACGAGCGAGCGAGAACCGACGCUACCGCCGCGCCAGAAGCACCUUGCCCCCGCGCCGCGAGGCCGCCUGCGCGCUCCAAUCAGCCAAAUGACGGAAAACACAAACCUAUUCGAGAGCGGAACGACUUGGCGACCAGACCGGAUAAAGAAGAGGUAGCUGGAGAGCCAAAGUGUGAAGGAACUGAUGGACAGGAGAAGAAGAGUAAACCCGAUAAGCCUCCGUUCAGUUAUAACGCGCUUAUCAUGAUGGCCAUCCGCCAGAGUCCGGAGCGACGGCUCACCCUCAACGGCAUCUAUGAGUUCAUCAUAGGCAACUUCCCGUACUACCGAGAAAACAGGCAGGGCUGGCAGAACUCCAUCCGACACAACCUGAGCCUUAACAAGUGCUUCGUCAAGGUCCCGCGCCACUACGACGACCCCGGAAAAGGCAACUACUGGAUGCUGGACCCGUCCAGUGAUGAUGUGUUCAUCGGCGUCAUAUAA